GUGUGAUCAGUGUUGUCCCCAGGCAGCAACUUACGAAAAUCACGUCGCUAUUGUCUCUAUUGAUCAAUUUUUACGAAGAUCAAGGGUAAUGUGGAGCAUGAAAAAAAUCCACGCUGUGCCCCUCAUUGGUGCUUGGCCAAUCCCUCAAUCCUGCUUCAGGCUGCCAUAUUCGUUUAUACCACGACAUCUCCAGAUAUUCUCCUUUCAGACCAGACAUCAUCUACUUUUUCUUCCAUUCCAAUUCAACAAUUUCAACAAUUGAAUAACCCAUUGAUAAGAUGUCUGCUUCAGUUGGCCGCCAAAUGGCCCGAACCACGGGCCUGUUCCAGGCUCUCGUGGCUUUGCCGACAAUGUUCUUCAUGGGAGAAGUUUCUAUGGUGGCAUUGUUUCAGUCUCGGAUCCCGAUCUACGAUUUCAUUGCUUCGACGUUCAACGCUCUGUUCGCGGCUGGGAUCAUCUUCAUUGUCUUCGUUCAACGAAACGUGACUAUGAGUAAGACAAUCACAGUAUACUUCGAGGAGGCGAAAUCUGGAUUGGCUACCGCGGUUUGGCUGUGGUUAUUGCUUGAUACGAUAUGUGGUCCAGAGCACCAUUACUGGUACUACUACAGUGGUCCAAGAGGAGCUAGAAUCAUCAGAGCUGCUAUUAGCAUUAUCCUGCUUUUCAUCAUCUACUACCCAACUCUCAUCUACGCUGUCUACGAGAAGCGUAACGAAAGCAUAACCCCGCCUCAGGAUCCGGAAGCACCUGUAGACCAAGGUCAAGGGGAACGACAGCCAUUGCUAAGUUGAAUGUGAACAUGAACAAUGCCGAGGCCAGUUUGUGCCUUCUGGGCAUUUGUCACUGUCGUUUACUGAACAAUAAAUGUGGAGUUAAAAUAGACAUGCAGAUCAUCAUUUUAGCUUCCUAGAUGGGUUCGCUCCCACUAAACCUAAAUGCUUAAGCUUACUUUGUCCCCA